AUGUCUCUCCUCAGCUCCGUUUCCGCAGCUCUGCUGCUCCUUGGCUCGUGUCAAGCUCAUUUCCUUCUCAAGUCUCCCGCGCCCGUUGGCGUCUUUAAGGAUGACGACGAGCCGAAUGCUCCUUGUGGCGGCUACACUCCAGAUUUCUCAACCAACACCAUCACCAACUUUGCCGUGGGUGGAGACGCCAUAUCCACGCAGUCUUCCCACCCUCAGACGAAUUACCUGUACCGCAUCACCACCGACCAGAGCGCGGGCGGCAACUGGACCGAGAUCUACCCCAUCGUUCAGCAGAGUGGACUGAACACGUUCUGUGUGCCUGCUGUCACCGUCCCAGAGAGCUACGUUGGUCAGACUGCCGUGCUGAGCGUUGUCGCCAAUGGCCCAGAUGGUUUGCUGUACCAGUGCGCGGCUGUCAAGUUUGUUUCUGGUGCAAACUCCAACAUUCCGAGCACCUGCACCAAUACGUCCGGUGUCACCGGCUCGUUCACCUCAGACGAUACCUUGAGUGCUCUGGCCUCCUCGGCGGGCAGCUCAAGCAACUCCAGCUCCACUAGCGGCACCAGCUCGAGCACCAGCAGCGCCUCGUCGCCGACGAAUACCAAGAACGCGGGUGUGGCCACGUACGGCUCACUAGAGGGUCUUCGCAGUUUUAUCACGGCCGGCAUGAUGAUGGCAGUGGGUGCGGCCCUGGUAUUUUAG